AUGCGGAGUAAAAAGGCCCACCUCAACUGCGCCAUGCAUAUCUUAGUCGUCAACGACGACGGCCCUCCAUCGAACCAGUCUUCGCCCUACAUCCAUUCCCUCGUCGAUAAUCUUCAGUCCGCCGGACAUGUUGUCUCGGUCGUCCUCCCUCACCAGCAGCGAUCAUGGAUCGGCAAAGCACAUUUGAUCGGUGCCUCCGUGAGGCCAACCUACUUCCGCCCCGGUACGCUCCAUGAAGACGAUGGCACCAUCCAUGAGUAUCCCCGGUGCGAUGACAACGAGGACGGCGAUGAGUGGCUCCUCAUCGACUCGACGCCAGCCAGCUGUGUCCAGAUUGGUCUUUUCCACUACUUCCAGGAACGCGGCCCCAUUGACGUGGUCGUCUCGGGCCCAAACUACGGCCGGAAUACAACUGCCCUGUUCGCUCUGUCGAGUGGGACCAUCGGUGGCGCCAUGGAGGCCGCGCUCUACGGGAAACGCGCGAUUGCCCUCUCCUACGCCUUUAGCUCGAGCGACCACGACCCCGUGGUGAUCGCCGAGGCCUCGAAGCAUUCGGUCAAGUUGAUCGAGUACCUCUGCGAGAACUGGGCGGAGGGCGUGGAUCUCUAUAAUGUCAAUGUGCCCCUUGAACCCGGCAUGAGCAAGUCCAAGGUCCUUUACACCGAUAUGCUUGAUAACCGGUGGACGGGGAGCUGCUUCCAGGCCGUCGAUGCGGCGCUACCGGAUGAGACUCCCCAGCUGCAGGAACUGAGGCUGCGUGAGCAGGGCGAGCUCUUGGGUGAGAAGCCCACUCCGGCCUCCGGGAAGGGGCCGCGGAGAAGGCUCCGGUUUCAACAUAAGCACUUCCAGUGGAAUCCUGAUUUCACGGAUGUGUGGAAGAGCGUCGAGGCCAGCGGACCGGGUAAUGAUGGCCGGGCUGUGCGAGAGGGAAUGACAAGUGUUACACCUCUCAAGGCCAAUUUCAUGCAAUCAGCUGCCAUCCAGGGCGAGAUCAAGCUAUCAGAUAAUGAUGAACCUGCCUUCUAUUCCAUCGUGGACAGCGACGAUCCAUACGUCCAGAAAUUAAUGCAACAAGCACUGCAGCGCCGUCUCGGAGAAGACCGAUACCAGCUCAUCUCCACCCUCGACGAGCUCCCCUCCUCAUCGACCCCCGUCUUCCAAUACCGCGAGUACGAACGGCUGGACUUCGAGCACGCCAUGAUGAAAUCGACCUCGUCCCUCGUCAACGCCUAUAUCAUCCGCAAAGCCCUGAUCCGCAAACACUACCUCUCCAACACCGUCACAAACUGGAUCGCCAAACACCCAGAGAGCAUCCUCCGCCACCACGUCAAAUUCGCCUUCGACUUCGAGCUCGACUACGCCGAGUUCCUCGACGAAGCUUUGCUCGAAGCCUACGAGCUCCGCGACAGCCUCGCGCAGAACGAAACCAAACCCGCCGCAGACAAGGAAUGGUGGAUCCUCAAAGCAGGCAUGAGCGAUCGCGGCCAGGGCAUCCGCCUCUUCAACAGCGAGGACCAGCUGCGCGAGAUCUUCGAAGAAUGGGAAGUCGACGACUCCGACGACGAGAGCGGGUCCGAGCGGCCCGACGCAAACGCAAACGCAAACAAACACGAACACAACGACGACGAAGAUGACGAUAGCGAUGACCACGGGGUCGUGACCUCCCAGCUCCGCCACUUCAUUGCCCAGCCAUACAUCGACCCCCCACUCCUGCUCCCCUCGUCGUCGAACCGCAAGUUCCACAUCCGGACGUACGUCCUGGCCGUCGGCUCGCUGAAGGUCUACGUCUUCCGGGAAAUGCUGGCGCUCUUCGCCGCGAAGCCCUACUGCCCGCCGUGGGAGGACGAGGACGAGACGAUCGACCUCGCCAGACACCUGACGAACACCUGUUUCCAGGAAGGCGGCAGCGCCAACGAGGGGAGUGUGCGGCGGUUCUGGGAGCUGGAUCCCCAUGUGCCUGGGCUGAGCUACAACUGGAAGGAGAAGGUCUUCAACCAGAUCUGUGCGGUCACCGGGGAGGUGUUCGAGGCUGCCGCGAGAGGGAUGAUGGUGCAUUUCCAAACGCUGCCAAAUGCCUUUGAGCUGUUUGGGGUGGAUUUCCUGGUUGACAAAGAUGGGACUCCUUGGCUGCUCGAACUGAACGCGUAUCCUGACUUUGGUCAGACUGGAGAAGAACUCAAAGAUCUGGUCGUCGGCCGGCUUUUUGAGGAGACCGUCGACGUUGCCGUCAAGCCUUUCUUCGGUAUGGGAGACUCAUCUGUAAAUGGGACUAAGGAUCUGAAGCUAGUCGCGAACAUCGAGCUUGGUAGGAAGACCUAG